AAGCUAUAGUCAUCAUCAUCAUGAAACACCCUCUGCACCCAGCACUCCCAAAAAGCAUUUCACACCAUCAUCAUCAAAUUCAAAACCUCCCUUCCCUUAAAUUUUCUUCUCUCGGCACCAUUCACCCCUCAACCCAUCUCUCUCCACUUCCCUAGGAACCAUGAAACCUUCUUCGCUUCUCUUGCUUCUGUCAUUCUCAUUCUUCUUGCUCAGGUUUUCCCUAGUGUCAUCUGCUUCUCUCCCUCUGCCACUCAUCUCUCUCCUCUCCCUCAAAUCCUCCCUCAGAGAUCCUCACUCCACCUUCCAUGACUGGGACCCCACACCAACCUUCUCCAACCCUACUCUCCAAGACCCCGCAUGGUGUUCCUGGUCCGGCAUCAAAUGCAACCCGCAAACAUCCCAAAUCACAUCUCUCAACCUCUCUCGCCGCAACCUCUCCGGUGCAAUCCCGGCGGAAAUCCGGUACUUGACGAGCUUACUGCACUUGAAUCUGAGUGGGAAUGCCCUUGAUGGGAUUCUCCAGCCAGCCAUUUUUGAACUGACUGAGCUCAAGACACUUGACAUCGGCCACAACUCCUUCAACUCGACAUUCCCACCGGGCAUAUCAAAGCUUAAACUCCUGAGAGUCUUUAAUGCCUACAGCAACAACUUCGCGGGUCCCCUCCCUCUAGAAUUAGCAAGUCUUCAGUAUCUCGAGUAUCUGAAUUUGGGUGGAAGCUACUUCGAAGUAGAGAUUCCCUCCGACUACGGCAACUUUCCAAGAUUGAAGUCUCUGUACUUGCAUGGGAAUGUUUUAGAAGGUCCCAUACCACCCGAAUUAGGAUCACUGGCACAGCUCGAGCACCUGGAGAUCGGAUACAAUCAAUAUUACGGCGGUAUCCCGAGUGAACUCGCGCUCUUAUCGAAUCUCAGGUACUUGGACAUCUCAGCUGCCAACCUUUCCGGUUCGCUUCCGCAAGAGCUCGGUAACAUGACAAAGCUGGAGACUUUAAUCCUCUUCGGCAACCAGUAUACUGGCCAAAUCCCGCCGAGCUUCUCGAGCUUGGAAGCGCUCAAAGCUCUCGACUUGUCUAACAAUCAACUGUCGGGGGCGAUACCAGUGGGGCUGGGGUCAUUGAAACAGCUCGCCACCUUAAGUUUGAUGAACAACAACUUCAGUGGGGAAGUGCCGCAAGCACUUGGCGUGCUCCCGCAGCUGGAGACGCUCCAGCUCUGGAACAACUCUCUCACCGGAAUUCUGCCCCAAGGGCUCGGAUCAAGCGCCAAGCUGACGAAACUCGACGUGUCGUCGAACUCGCUCGCCGGGCCAAUCCCGCCAAAUCUCUGCCUCGGGAACAAGCUGAUAAAGCUCCUCCUUUUCUCGAACAGGUUCACCGGCGCGAUACCGCCGUCGCUGGCCGGCUGCACUUCCCUCUACAGGCUCCGAACGCAAAACAACAUGCUCAACGGCUCCAUCCCGCGCGGCUUCGGGCUCCUGCCUAAUCUGACGUUCGCAGAUUUGAGCAACAACUUCCUCAGCGGCGAAAUCCCAGACGAUCUUGGGAACGCGGUGGCGCUCCAGUACCUGAACGUGUCGGGGAACUCGUUGGCGACCAAUUUGCCCAGCAACAUAUGGAAAGCUCCGAACUUGCAGAUUUUCUCGGCCAGCUCGUCCAAACUCCUGGGCAAGAUCCCAGAUUUCAUCGGGUGCAAGAGCCUUUACAAGAUCGAAUUGGGCGACAACUCGUUGAACGGUAGCAUCCCGUGGGACAUUGGCCACUGCGAGAAGCUUCUGUAUCUGAAUCUGAGCCGAAACUCGCUCGCGGGCAUCAUCCCGUGGGAAAUAUCGGCGCUACCUUCGAUCACCGACGUCGACCUGUCGCGCAAUUUCUUGACCGGCUCGAUUCCGUCCAAUUUCGAUAAUUGUACCACCUUGGAGAGUUUCAACGUGUCCUUCAAUUCGCUCACUGGCCCUAUACCUUCUUCCAGCACCAUAUUCAAGAAUUUGCACCCUUCUUCAUUUAUCGGCAACGACGGUCUCUGCGGGGGCGUGUUGGUGAAACCGUGCGGCGGCGGCGGCGGCGUGGCCGACACGUCCGGCGCGGAUGACCCCGAGGCGGGUCGGCAACAGCCAAGGCGGACGGCGGGCGCCAUAGUGUGGAUCAUGGCAGCCGCGUUCGGGGUAGGCCUAGUGGUGUUGAUUGCUGGCACUAGGUGCUUCCAUGCCACCUAUAGUCAUCGGUUCAUCGAGCGCCAAGGGGUUGGCCCGUGGAAAUUAACUGCGUUCCAAAGGCUCAACUUCACAGCGGAGGACGUGGUGGAGUGCCUGUCGAUGAGCAAUAAGAUCAUAGGGAUGGGGUCGACCGGGACGGUGUAUAGGGCCGAGAUGCCAGGCGGCGACAUCAUAGCGGUGAAGAAGUUGUGGGGCAAGCCCAAGGAGCAUAUGAGGAAGCGGCGAGGGGUCCUGGCCGAGGUGGACGUGCUUGGGAACGUGAGGCACCGUAACAUUGUGAGGCUAAUGGGCUGUUGUAGCAAUAGGGAGUGCACCAUGCUUCUCUACGAGUACAUGCCCAACGGAAACCUGGACGAUUUGUUGCACGGUAAGAACAAGGACCUCAACUUGGUGACUGGUUGGGUGACGCGGUACAAGAUAGCGCUGGGCGUGGCUCAGGGGAUCUGCUAUCUUCACCAUGACUGCAACCCGGUGAUCGUGCACCGUGACCUCAAGCCGAGCAACAUACUGCUUGAUGCUGAGAUGGAGGCCAGAGUGGCAGAUUUCGGGGUGGCGAAGUUGAUACAGAGCGAUGAGUCCAUGUCCGUCAUUGCAGGAUCCUAUGGCUACAUAGCACCAGAAUAUGCAUACACGCUCCAAGUCGACGAGAAGAGUGAUAUUUACAGCUACGGAGUAGUGUUAAUGGAGAUGCUAAGCGGGAAACGGUCCGUGGAUCCCGAAUUCGGUGAAGGGAAUAGCAUUGUGGAUUGGGUGAGGCUCAAGAUCAAGAGUAAGGACGGGAUUCGUGAUGUUCUGGACAAGAACACCGGGGCAUCUUGUGCGCCGGUCAGGGAGGAAAUGUUGGAGUUGCUCAGGGUUGCUCUGCUCUGCACGGCUGCAAACCCGGCUGACCGACCUUCCAUGAGGGACGUGGUGCUAAUGCUGCAAGAAGCACGUCCUAAGAGAAAAUUGCUCGACGACAUGGGCGGCGAUGAUAGCGUUCCUUUGACGAAAAAAUCCUAAGGGGUUUCCUAGUAUCGACUUAUUCUCUUAUGUAUCUACGUGAUUAUUACUGGUUGGGAUGGGUAUAGGAGUAUUGUUCUUCCUGCUAUUAAAAUGGAUCUUAUCUUGGUUGAUUGUGGCCAAGACAGACUCGA